UAGUCCGUGUGUUGUUCUCAGACGAACGGUUAUCAGAGAAAGGAAACGCUAGUGAACGAAAUUAAACGUGUUCCAGUCACGGUGUCGGUGAAGGAGGUUUUCUUAUUCCAGUGUCACACCCAAGUUGGCUGCUAGAAAGCAGACCGGAUCCGUACCGCGGGGACACGAGCCGUCGUCCCCCUCGAGUCUUGCUGACCGAUUUGGUCUAUAACAGCAGCAGACUGCGUAGUUGUGCACACAAAAAAAAGCUACAGAUUCGCCAGAGAACGCAAAGCGGAGCUCCUUCAGAAGCUAGGAAACAGUGAAGAAGAUGAGCAAACACAUGUACACGACAGCCAAUCUUUCGGACGUUGAGCUAAAGGAUCAAGGCAAUCGGUUGUUCUCCGCACGCAAAUAUGACGAUGCCGCCAAUCUGUACACAAAAGCAAUCAUUAAAAACUCCACGAAUGCCACAUACUUUACGAACCGCGCGCUGUGCCAUAUUAAGAUGAAGCGCUGGGAGACGGCCUGCAGUGACUGCCGGCGUGCGCUCGACAUGGAUCCAAACCUAGUGAAGGGACACUUUUUCCUCGGCCUCAGCCUAAUGGAGCUCGAGUCGUACGAUGAAGCGAUAAAGCAUCUUCAGCGGACACACGAUCUGGCAAAGGAGCAAAAGCUAAACUUUGGCGAUGACAUCGCGUCGCAGCUCCGGCUCGCGCGCAAAAAGCGUUGGAACAUCCAGGAAGAGAAGCGAAUAUGCCAGGAAAUAGAGCUGCAAACUUAUCUGAACAGGCUCAUUACGGAGGAUGUGGAGAAUCGUUUGGCCAAACUGAAGCUAGACGACACAAUCAACGAGGAAACGGUCAAAGAGAAGGCCAGCGAGAUCGAACGGGAUGGCGAAAACCAUAUGACUGAGUUGAACAACAUGUUUGCUAAAGUGGAUGAUAGAAGAAGGAAACGUGAAGUACCUGAUUAUCUGUGUGGUAAGAUUAGCUUCGAGCUGCUAGUCGACCCUGUGAUCACGCCGUCGGGCAUGACGUACGAGCGGAAAGACAUCGAGGAGCACCUGCAACGUGUUGGCCAUUUCGAUCCAGUGACGCGCGUCAAGCUCACGCAGGAUCAGCUGAUAUCGAAUUACUCGAUGAAGGAGGUUGUCGACGCGUUUCUGCAAGAUAACGAGUGGGCUCUGGACUAUUAAACGUGCGUGGUGUAAGGGUGGCCAGUGCCCGGCUUCGUCGAUUGGUAGGCAAAAACACCCUUUAGGUAGUUGUGAUCUGUGUUUGUCUUGAAUGUGCAGCUCAAUCUUCGUCACUAUAAUUCUAUUUUCUAUUUUGUUGUUCGAACCCACUUGGUUGUGAAAUUAUCUUCUUUCUUUCUUUCAAUACUUUUCAAAGCAAAUGCUCCUUGCCGUAGUAAAGCAAAUCUCGGCUCAGACGUAGCCCUAUCGUUAGACAUGUGGUUUUUUUCGCGGUGUUAUCACCAUCUUUGUGAUUUAAAUUAACGAAUUGUACAGAAUUUUAUCAUGAAAAUCUAAAGCUUUGCCGACUACGACGAGCUGCAUAGUGGUAAGUUUAGUGGCAAGUGGAUUAAACAAGCGAAAACUAAACGGUUAAAACGUGCAGAGUUCGAUGAGUUCGAGAUGUGUGAAAAAACUGAAAGUUACACCCGUUAUUAUAACAAAAGGAAUUAGUUACAUUUAACUUCAAACAGUACCAUGUUAUUUUCGUUUCUGCCUUUUACUUUUAUAUUAAUGCUGAAGCUACUCAUAUGGAAUUCAAACGAAAACUUACGGCUGAUUUUCCUUAAGAGCGAAAGAAAUAUAACGAUUGAAUACCAGGAAACUCAGCAACGUGAAUACGUAAUUCCGUCACCUUUCGUGGACAUUUUUCCGAUCAUUGUCCUUUUUUUGAUAGAACAGUUAAAAUGUAGUCCUUCAAGCCUACUAUUUUAGAGGAAGUGCGCACAGCGAACAUGUUAAUGAUGUGAAUGUGUUGGAAUCGAAAUUGUUGUGUUUAGCUUUUAGUGAAAGAUUGGACGGAUUGGUUGGUGGUUCAGAUCUUAGGAUUAAAGCAAGAAGAGACGUGAAGUUUCUGGUAGAUGAUUUAAUAGUUGAAUAAAUUUUUCAUAUCGAC